GUUUUGUUCUUAAAUGCUGCAUAAAAGUAAAACAGUUUGUGAAGGAUAGUGUAUUUUUAAUAUAUGUACUGUCAAUUAAUACAUACCAUAUGGCUGUUAAAAUUCGUGUGUGAGAGCAUUAUUGAGCUCUAAAUGUAGGUAAUGUAUUAAAAUGUUCGGAGUGAAUUAUAGUAUAAACUUUGGAGUACAAAGUGAAUACACUUCUCUGAUUUGGUGAAAAUAUGGCAGCUGGUGGGGAGGAUUUUGAUUCUUGGCUGAGUUUGAAAUUGCUUGCUCUCAAUAUCGAUGAAGGAGUAUUUGGAUCUUACAUUAAAGGCAUUUUGGACGGAGAUGAAUCACUGGAGGAUAAAACUGAAGCCUUGGAAGGGAUUCUGUCAGAGAUAACAGAAAAUGGUAUUAGAAACCACUGCAGAGAGAUUCUGGAGAAGUGGCGAAACACUUCUCAAGCAGCUAGUUCGGUAAAGGAAGCGGAAGUUGCAGGAGCAGAAGCAAUGGAUAUAAAACUGGCAAAACUCAUGGAAUCUCAAGCUCGUCCAACAACUGUUCAGAGAACUUACACAGAUGAGGAAAGAAGAAUUCGUGAAGCUAUUUUAGCACAGUAUAGUCAGAUGUCGGACCAAGACGAUGAUGAGGAUGAUGGUGACAGAGGUGCUGAAGGGAAGGAGAAUGGACUUGUAAAGAACACUAAUGCCUCAGUUGUCCAGCAGGCUGAGAAAGAAAAAAGAGAAAAAGCAAAACUGGAAAGUCAGAAAAAGAAGGAAAAAGAUAGAGAAGACAGAGAGAAGCAGAAACAAAUUCAACAAGAAAAAAAGGAGAAACGCAAAACACAGAAGGGGGAGAGACGAAGAUAGCAAGAUCUCUCAAACAUCAAAUUACAUUGUAUGUGUUGUGCUGUGUUAAUUUAUUGCCAUUGGAUCAGUUAUGUUGAUUGUAGUACCUACAGUAUCCUUAAUCAGCUGUUUUAUCUCAGCUGCCUUUUAGGAUGUCCACAUUAGUAUUAGUGAGGGCACAGCUUGGGGUAUUACAAUGCCAUGUGUGGCUGCCACAAAUGGACGAUGUCUCUGCAGUAGACAUUUGAGUGAAAUAAAAUUGACUUUAUGAAGUGCA